GCUUUUACUCUCUCGCAGGCAUGGAGGACGAGGGACUGAAGGUUUCCCUUGUGACAGAAAUUUCGGUGGAGCUUCGGACUGACAGAGCCGAGCGCCGGAGUGGCGAAGGAGAUUUUGGAGGAAUCUCGAAAGAAAGUCUCAAUUGAUCAGCUCAAUUCGGUCGUGACGACGAAUUUGGCACGUCAGUCAGCCUUCCAGCCAACAGCCAGGCGGUCCGACAGCAGGAGGGCAAAAGAAGUAGAGAGAGGAGGAGGCGGAAGAAGAAGAAGAAGAAGAAGAGCAAGAGCACAAUCGGGAAAAAGAGCGUGAGCAGGAAAUUUUUCCGCGACUUCUUGUUUGAGUUUCCCCUUACAGUUGCUACUCGUCGUCUCUCGCAGGCUCUCUCUCUCUCUCUCUCUCGUUCUCGUUCGUCCGCACUUCCUUGCUUUUCGUCCGCUGUCUCCGGCCCCUCCGCGCUCUUCUCGCGGCUUGGUGUGCUGAUUGCGUCGUUGCUGCUGUGAGUUUGUGUCUAGCCUGUAGGCCACCUCCUCUGCACGAGCUUCGUGCUGUUUCGGUUGGCAGGACGAAAAAGGUUGGGCGCGGGCGAUGUCGUGAGAAGAGUGGCCAGGGUUAAGAGCGGGGUUAAUUUGUGUGCUUCUUCUAAGCUUCCCGUCCCCCGAAGCUGUUCGGAGUUCCGCCUGGCUGGGCUGGGCAGGGCUCGGCUUCCCUCUGCCCCUCGCUUGACUCGCUCGUGCUGGCCCGGCUCGCCGUCCCCUACUUGCCGUGCUUCAUUUUGCUUAUCUUGCCGUCCUUUUUCGCCCGCCCGGGAUUAUUUUCCCCGGUCGACUCGAGUUUUUGUGAUGUCCACCUGAAUCGCCUCUCUGACUUCUCAUCUCACUCUCCCGCUCCUCCUCUCUGUCCGAAUUGUCGCGCGAGGUGAGUGUAGAAAAAUCUGUGGAUUGUCAUGCUUGUUUCCACUCAUCCGACGUCGAGGAUGUGUCCAGCCCGUCGAAGAGCUAUUCUUCUUGCCCCUCGCAAUUCUCAGGUGAUUUCAAUUAGCGCUGCUUUGGGGUAGCUGCCGGAACGACCUGGAGACGACAGGAACUCCGUCCACAGGGGCAUGUGAGCGAAGGCGAGGUUGUAAGAUUGGUGAUGAAUGCGCAGUUGGCAGAGGAUGUGCUGCUGCGGCAUGCAAGUCACGGGGACGGGAAAUAAAUUGAUUGCGAGCCUCGGGCUGUUCGAUAGCGCGGAGUAGGGCCUAUGGCUGUGUGGUAAUCCCGUACCAAUGGAAAUGAUAGACGACAUCUCCCGAAGCUCGAGCACUUCAACUACUCCAGUUUGUUCGCUGAGAAAAUCGUUCGAUUUGCAUCUGUCUAUCAAGUGACUUCGCUUGCGGACGUCUCCUCUGUCAACACGCCAGCGCGGGCUGGCAGGUGGAUUGUUGAGCUUUUGCUGACAAUCGCACAUGCGGUCUUGUCUGUUCCUUGCGGCAUGAAAGAGAUGAGGUGAAGCCAGCAAGAGUUGAGCCUCGCAAGAUAGUUGGAGCUCGCCGUGAAGGCGGGCAGGGCAGGGCGGGCUGGAACGGGGGAAAUACAGAUUGAUGGAGCCAAGUGCGAACGAGUCCCACAUGGAUCAUUCUGCAUAUUCGCCUCAUCCAAAUCCUCUGACGAGAAAUCAAGUCGACCACGCGCAUCUUCCUUCGCCAUUGAGCUAUACCCCAUUUCCUCGCAGCGACAGGCAAUCCUACGCGACAGAUGGCUACCCUAAAGAAGCUUUUGGCCGAGAGAGUUACAACGUCCGAGGGGGGGAUGGCUUCGUUUCCGGAAGGGAGUCCUUUGGGCCGGACAGGGUAAAUUACGGAGGAACAGGCGAGGCGUUUGCUAGAGACAGAGAAUCUCUUUCGAAGGAUGCGGAUGCCUUCCACGCCCGAGGUGGAGGAGGAGGAGGGGAUACGAGAGUCCCAUAUUCCAGGGACCCGGAGAAUUGUUUAUCCGCAGCUUUUGCUAAGGACAACGAUUCCCUUAGCAACGACGACAGGAGCAGUAAGAAAGUUAAGCGCGGGGGCUGGUGGCAUGAAUCGGAGGGCGGGGAGCGGGCCUCCGAGGCGUCCAAGGACAUGGAAUCGAACCGUAAAGAUCCAGAGGGUGGAGCUGGAGGCUUUGUAGGCUCGGUGGGUGGCAUAGGAGCCUUUCGCAAUGUCGUAGGAGUCAUCUCGAGAGUGGCAGGGGGAGGCAGCGUCGGGAGCAAGAUGGGAGGCGUCGCGGACAAUUGCGGGGAGGUCGGGGGUGGAUUAGUCGUCGGCGGUGUGGUGCGUGGAGGCAGUGCAGAUGGCGACGUCGGAGGUGAUGUCGGAGACGGAGGCGGUAGCUGUGGGGGCACGGGCAUGGAUGGAGAAGUUGGAGACGAUGGUGAUGCCGAAGGCCGGGAUGGCGACAGCAGGGACAAAGGCGAGAAGGAUUGCAGCGGUAAGAAAAAGCGUGCAGAAUUGUGGCAAGAUGCCGAAAUGGACGCGUUGGUGAGUGCGUACAGGCAAAUCCAUAUGAGAUUGACCGUUGCAGGCAAGAAGGGAAAACACGUGUUCAAAUCUGCGAACGAGAAGUGGAAGGAGGUGCGAAAUUUGCUCAUCCCUCUCGGAGUGGAUCGGCAACCCAAGGAGAUCGAGCGCAAGUGGUCCAAUCUGUCUACGGCCUUCAAACAAAUUGCUGAUUGGAACAAGAAAGUCGGGAGACCGAGCUACUGGGAAUUGGACGAGAUUUCGAAGAAAGAAAAGACCAAGGCGAAAGAGCUCCCCGCGACAUUCCGCGUCCAACUGUAUGAGGCAAUGGCCGAGUUCUUGGGGGACAGAACGGCUGCGAGAAGGAGUCGUGGCUGGACGCAGUAUGAUGGCCCCGACCGAGCGCCGCUGAUGAUGGGUGCCGGCAAUGGAGUUUCAGUAGGGAGUGAGUGCUCCUCAGGUAGAGGAUGCGAUCGAGGGGAAUUCCGAAGAAUUGUCGACAUCCCGUUGCCCAUGGAUAAACUCUCCAGUCAGCCUUCCAACGACAUUAUGGACCAGAAGCGAACUCGAGUUGUACUACUUGCACCGGGGAGCUUCAACCCUCCAACAUACAUGCAUCUACGAAUGUUUGAACUUGCUCGCGAUGCACUUAUUGGUGAAGGCUACGAUGUUCUUGGAGGUUACAUGUCACCUGUUAAUGAUGCAUACGGAAAGAAGGGUUUGGCUGCUGCAGAGCACCGCAUUCGGCUGUGCCAACUAGCAUCAAAUGAAUCCCCAUUCAUAAUGGUCGAUUCCUGGGAGGCGAAGCAGACCAGCUAUCAGCGCACCCUCAUUGUGCUAAAUCGAGUGGAUCAUGCUGUCAACACCCAUGGCUUUGCCGGCGAUGAAAAGGUUCGUGUUAUGGUGCUCUGUGGAGCUGAUCUUCUGGAAUCGUUCACUGACUCCAAGGUCUGGAUUCCCGAUCAGGUGCAAAGUAUAUUCAACGAGCAUGGUGUAGUAUGCAUAUCUCGGGACGGAAAGGACGUGCGCAAAAUAAUUUUUGAGAACGACAUGCUCUAUGAGCAGAGGAGGAAUAUAAUUGUUGUGGAUGAAAUCGUGACGAACAAUAUCAGCUCCACAAAACUUCGACGAAAUCUGGAACGAGGGUUGUCUGUGAAGUACUUGACGCCAGAUAGCGUCAUCAACUACAUUAAGAUCCAUCAUCUAUAUGACCCAAAUCAAUUUUGAUGUGUGCAAGUUCACUCACUCGGUGUAAAAUCUUACGAUUGCUUGCACCUGUAGUAGGCGGAUGUAGCCUCAAUUGCUUUAGGUUUUGAAAAUGCUGUACCAUGCUCUGUUCAAGAUUCUCCUUGUGGAACAAGCCAAGCUAUCGUACUGGUGCCUUGAGCUUGUUCGCACUUGCAGCUAAUUGUAGGCAUCUGAUGCUGGAUAUUCUUUCUGGAGUGUGGAUUGCUCCACUCUUAAUUCAAUAGCCGGAGAACAUUUUAGUUCAAGAUUUGGUUCCUUGGCCCACUUUCGAGAUGGUGAAUUUUCUUCAAGAGAUGUAGAAAUGUCCACCAAGAGAUCCAAGAUUUUGUAGUAGCUAGAUUGCAAAGACGAAGUACACUGGUUUAGGUUCGCACUGGAUCAUAGAAAACCCUCAUAGAUAAAGAGUUGUGAGUGCAUGCAUGCACACUUCAAAGGGUUUGAGAUUAAAGUUUUCUAAGUUAGUAAGACAUUGUGGUCAUGUACCAUUGUACCAUAUGGAUAUAAAGUUGUAAGUAAAAUAUGGUGAUUUUUUGUGU